UAGGACACAUCACUUGCCUGCACAGAACCAUUCUGCCCCCACCAUGGCUACCUUCGUGGAGCUCAGUACCAAAGCCAAGAUGCCCAUCGUGGGCCUGGGCACCUGGCAGUCUCCCCCAGGCAAAGUCAAAGAGGCCGUGAAAGCGGCCAUUGAUGCAGGAUACCGCCAUAUUGACUGCGCCUACGUCUAUGAGAACGAGAAAGAGGUGGGGGAGGCCAUCCAGGAGAAGAUUCAAGAGAAGGCGGUGAAAAGGGAGGACCUGUUCAUUGUCAGCAAGCUAUGGCCUACCUUCUUUGAGAGACCUCUCGUGAAGAAAGCCUUUCAGAAGACACUCCAGGAUCUGAAACUGGACUAUCUGGACAUCUACCUUAUUCACUGGCCUCAGGCAUUACAGGCUGGAAAGCAAUUUUUACCCAAAGAUGAUAAAGGCAUUGUCCUCCCCGGUAAAGGAAACUUCUUGGAUGCCUGGGAGGUCAUGGAGGACCUUGUGGAUGAGGGGCUGGUGAAAGCCAUUGGGGUCUCCAACUUCAACCACCUGCAGAUUGAAAGACUCUUGAACAAACCUGGACUGAAGCACAAGCCAGUGACUAACCAGGUCGAGUGCCACCCAUACCUCACGCAGGAGAAACUGAUCCAGUACUGUCAGUCCAAGGGCAUUGCUGUCACUGCUUAUAGUCCUCUGGGGUCCCCGGACAGACCUUGGGCCAAGCCAGAUGAACCUUCCCUACUGGAGGACCCCAAGAUUAAGGAGAUUGCUGCAAAGCACAAAAAGACCUCAGCUCAGAUUCUGAUCCGGUUCCUCAUCCAGAGGAAUGUGGUCGCGAUCCCCAAGUCUGUGACCCCAGCACGCAUCAUUGAGAACUUUAAGGUGUUUGACUUUCAGUUGAGUGAUGAGGAGAUGGCGACCAUCUUCAGCUUCAACAGGAACUGGCGGUUAUGCGACACACAGUACAUGUCUCAUUUGGAUGAAUUCCCCUUCCACGCUGAAUACUGAAGCUGAGAUCCUGGUAAAAUCACACUGUUGUUUUUCACCACAAUCCUAUGUUAACCAAGUUUACCAGAAAUCAUAGAUUCUAAAAGCCAGAGCCUUUACAUUGUUGUAUGUAGAGCAGUAUGUUCUACCAGGAGCAGCUAAUCCUUCACCUGAUCACAAGGAACUGUGUUAACUGUGAGGAUGCAAAGAUUUAAAAACAAUAAAGAAAAAAAAAAAAUAAUCAA